UCUUUUAUUUAUAUAUAAAUUGUAUUUCGUAUGUAUAUACAUACAUAUAAUUUUAAGGAAACGCGAUAUACGCGGACCAAGCCUCGCUCUUUCGCGACUUGCGAGUUACAAGUUACAGCCGCACGUUUUUCUCGCGUACUUAUCUAUUACGCACUGCGUAUAUAUAAAUGAAUUAUUGGUGUAUGUAUAUGUUUUACAAGCGCAAACGUCAUAUAUAGGUACGUAGACAAUAUUAUUAUUCGUGUGCAACGCUGUGUACGGAUGAGUUAGGGUGGUGCACAUCGAACGCAAAAAACCACAGUAAACGUUACGACAUAUUAUAUAAUAACGAAGUCGAAUAAACUAACAAAUCUUUUUUUUUUCAAUACACAACAGACACGUUUUUUACUUAUAGAAGUUAACAAUUAAUUUUUCGCGUUCAUAAAAUCAAUAAACAUAGGUAUGGACGACUAUUUGUUGUAUGAUAACGAAACAAAUAUUGAAGUUUAAACAAAAUUACGAUGACAAUUAUUAUUAAUCAUUAGGUAUAUAAAGCCUACAAAUACAAAUAUACUAUACAUGCAAAUGUGGCAUAGCUUUGCGAAACAAAUAAUAAGAUGUGAUAUUUAAAGGAAACCCCCAAAAUAUAGUUCUGAUAAAAAGUUACUCACUCUAUGGAUACAUACCAUGAAAUAAAAUAUUAAAUCGAGGCACAGUUUCAUUCAUUGCAUUACCUAUAGGAACUUUAUCAAAACCUUAUAAACAUACAUACAGUUCUACAGUUAUAUGUAAAGAAUGAUUCUGAAAACCGACAUAAAUAAAGGCAUCAGAAAACUUACUUUCUAAAACUCUAGAAGUAACCUAAAAGAUGACUUUAAACUUCGAAAAACAUUAAACCAUUUGAGGGUAUAAGUAGUUAGAACCAAAAAAAAACCCUUAUGUGUUGGAAGAUAGGAUAGAGUAGAUGAUAGACCAUCAAUUGCUAAUGCGGAGACAACAUCAAAACGACCUAUAUAUUUUAUAAGAUAUAUAAGACGUAUAAAUUCCAAGAGGAGUGGACUCUUCAGAGAACCUAAUGAUCAGGCCAUUCAACUUAUCACUCAUCACUCAUUAGUUUUUGAAAAAUCAAACAAAAAUUAACUGGCUGAUACGAAAAAUAUGAGCAAUUAUAAAUUCAUAUAUUAUAACGAACAAAAACAAUCACCAUAUUUGUCUUGAGCAAUAUUAUACAUGUUUCCAUUAAGUUGAUAUAAAAUUUAAACUAUAGAAAAAUAAUUCAUAAAAAUAAAAAAUUCCACUCUCGUUAAUAAAGCUCUACAUUAGCUGUAUUUUAAUUAUUAUCACUCUGUGAAACACUUUGAAAAAAAGCAUUGCCAUGGGUGAUAGCUUAUAUAUUUCAAUAAUAUUAUUAUUCGUUGUUUAUUUUAUAACAAUUCGUAUCAGAACACAAUCCUUGAAUAUUUUAAAUCUAUAAAAUAUUAGAUAAGUAUUUAAACGAAGGUUAAAAAUGAGCAAGGAUCAGGAAAAUAUUAGGUAUUUGAUUCAAAUACCAAAACCACCAGAGAUCAAACCUCCAAUGCACCGUUCAGUUUUCAACAAAUCGAUUAAAAGGGAUUACAGGUCAAAUAGGAGCUGUCACCAAACAAUGGGUUAUGCUGAAGUCAACCUCAAUCAUCCGUCGAAGUUUUUAAAAAAACACACCAGAAUAGUGAAGAGACCAUUUGUCGAUACUUUAAAACCGGAACCACCAAAUAAACAAUGUAUUCGAAGAUGUAGCCGUUCACCUAAAGUUAAGGGGAAAAUCAAUAAAGUCGAGAGAAAUUUCCUACAUGAAAACAUUGCUGACGUGAUAAGAAAGGUGCCACCAUUGCCAAAGCAUCGGGUACAAGACAGUCGGAAUGGACACGUAAUGGUUCUAGAUGAGGCCGGUCUAGAACCCACGUACGUAUCCAAGAAGAAUUUUGGCAAAACACCUUCAUACAUUAAGAAAAUACUUAAGGACAAAGAAAUGGAAAAAGUAGCUGAGGUCGAACGUGUAAAGGCAGUCAAGCCACCAUUGCGCUAUUUGCCUGAAGAAGAGCGUAUGGAAUUAUUAAAAGGAAUGAAGGCCAACUGGGGUGAAUUGUAUACAGAAUUUUUAUUAUUACCUAUGGUCACCGACUCAGUGCCAAAAAUUAACCGAAAAGCCCGGCUUGAAAAUCAACUAAAUAAUUUAGAAAAGGAUAUCAACUUAUUGGAAAGGUACCCGUCCUUGUACGUAUGUGAUAACUAGAGUCUUAAUAUUAUGUCAUAUGACAUUUAUUUGCUUGACGUAUUUUACGAAAUAUUUUAUGCGUGUGCAAAAAAAAAAAAAUAAAAAUUUUUUUAAAAA